AGAAAAAGAAAAACCUAAAGCUCUAGAACCGAAAAGGAUCUUUUUACGCCCUCUCGGAAACCUAGCGGAGUCGCAUCUUCUCAACUUCUCAAUGGACGGAUCCGCCAUCAAUCCUUAAUUAUGGUUUCUUAUAAUCUCUCUGUUUCUCAGUUCGAAGUUUCUGAUUAGAUCUGUUGUACCUUAGGGUGUGGAAUUGAACGAUAGUGACGUAGGCAUUCGGAGAAGCAGUAGCAGCAUGAUGAGCGAUUGCAAUUGCAGUAGGAUGUUGAGCAGGAUUUACGUUGAGGGAUACGACACUUCGCUCUCUGGCUAUGAUUUCGUUGAGGGUAUGAGAAAACACUUCGCUUCAUGUGGAGAUGUGAUGCAUGUUCAUAUUCCCGGAUACCGUUUUUGCCUUGGUUUAUCUUCGGGGAGAAGGUGCAGAAGAGAAGGCGUUGAAACUUAGUGGGAGUGACAUGGGAGGACACAAGGUAGUCGCUAAGCCUUGCCCGUUUAACGCCACUGACCUUGACCCUGUGCUCUCUCUUACAAGAGACUCAGACAAUAGCCGACAGUUCAUGAUGGGAGUUACGGGAUUUGACAUUUCGCUUCAUGCGCCUCAUGUCGAGCAUGCGCUGCUUGUACAUUUCUCUCAAUGUGGACGUGUCCUGAGUGCUUGUGCUCCUCCUGCUGACAUAGAAGAAUGCGAAGGUGUUCUCGACAGCAUAGCUACCGUUACUUUAGAGGGACAAGCUGCCGUAGAGAAGGCGCUGCAACUAUGUGGAUGUGAUGUCGUAGAGAAGGCGCUGCAACUAUGUGGAUGUGAUGUGAAAGGAUUGGGUUUUUUUCAAGUUACUGGAGUUUGUCCGCCCCCAAAAAGGACGCUCCCCAUCAUGACGCCACCCUGGAUGUGGACGGACGGCAGCCUCAUGAUUCGUCGUCCGGAUAUGCCAAGGAUGAGUCGAAGAACGGACGGCAGCAUCGUGUUUACUCCUCCUCCCCGCAUAUACAUGAAUUUGAUUCUUGAUCUUUUAUUGUGGGCAAGAAUAUAGGAAAUCCUCUCAUUAAUUCGUUCUUGCUUUGUUUUAGGCCAAAUUAUGGAGAAGAAAAGAUGACGGCGAGUGAGAAGAAGAAGGCUACUCUGGCGAAAGUUCUCCUUCUCCUGGGAUACGACGUAGCAGCUCUUUGCUGUUUUCUGUUUAUUACCCUUUUUUUAUAAAAAAAAAAAAUCUGUCUGGAGCUUAAAAAUAAGCUCACUUUAUCAACAAUCUCUGCCUUCAUUGUAACUUGUUUUUAUCUGGAUUUUUAA